GGCGGCGAUGGUGGCAGGGGGAGAGGGUCCCCAGUGGCCUCUGCAGACAGGGUGCGGCCAUGAGUGAGUCCAGUGACAGUGUGCCCCUGCUGGCAGCCCCAGCUGGCAGCCAGCAGUCCACCACGUGUCCUCAUCCAAUCCAGACGGAGCCAGCCGACGUCUCAGCCAGCCUCUCAGCCAGACUCUCAGCCAGCCAGCCUCUCACCCAGCCAGGAAGACUGCCUGCUAGCCUCUUGACCAGCCUCUCAGCCAGCCCGCCAGCCUCUCAGAGGGCCAGCCAGCCUGCUGGCAAGCCUCCAAGACAGCCACUCGGCCAGCCUCCCAGCCUACCCCUCACCCAGCCUCCCAGUCAGCCACUUAGCCGGCCAGCCAUUGAAGACUGAGCCCAAUCUCUCUCCCAUUGCAAAAUUUUAUGACUAUGUUCCCUAUACCUAUCACGAUGGUCCUGAAUAGUCUGCCUUACCGUACUUUAA